AUGGCGUACGCUAAGCUCGCAGCCCUGGCCAUGCUUUUAGUCGUGCUGCAGGCAUCAACCGGCACCGUCGCCCGCUUGUCGCCGGCCGUCUCGACGUCGAAACUCUCCGGCAUGCCGGCGGUGAUGACAGUCAACGGGUUCGAGCCCGGCGAGGACGGCGGCGGGCCGGCGGAGUGCGAUGGCAAGUACCACAGCGACGACGACAUGCUGGUAGCGUUGUCGACGGGGUGGUACCAGGGCGGGGUCCGGUGCUUUAGGAUGAUCCGCAUCACGAGCGCGGGCACCGGGCGGAGCGUGGAGGCCAUGGUGGUGGACGAGUGCGACUCCCGGCGCGGCUGCAAGAACAGCAUCGUCGACACCUCCAAAGCAGUGUGGAAGGCGCUCGGGCUGGACACCAACGUCGGCGAGGAGACCGUCACAUGGUCCGACGCCUGA